AUGGCGCCCAUACCCAUCACCAUCAUCACCGGCUUCCUGGGCUCCGGCAAGACGACCCUGAUCCUGAACCUCAUCCCCCAGCUGCGCGAGCAGAACCCUUCCUACAAGCUCGCCCUCCUCAAGAAUGAAUUCGGCGACCUCGCCAUCGACUCCCAGCUCGCCUCCUCCUCGGCCAUCUCCGGCGUCCAGGAGAUGCUCAACGGCUGCAUCUGCUGCAACCUCGUCGGGCAGCUCAAACCGGCCCUGGAGGAACUCGAGUCCCAGGUCUCCCCCGACCGCAUCGUCGUAGAGACCAGCGGGUCCGCGUUCCCGGCCACGCUCGCGCUCGAGAUCAACAGGCUGGCGAGGGACACGGGCAAGUACGUUCUCGAUGGGGUGAUUAGCGUGAUCGACGUGGAGAACUGGAAGGGGUACGAGGACACGAGCUAUACUGCCAAGAUCCAGGCCCGGUACACGGAUCUCAUCGUGUUCAACAAGUGGGAGACUGCAGGGGAGGACCGCUACGAUGAAUGUCUGGAUAGGGUGGCCGAUCUUGAUGUGGACGUUGCGCGGGUCAAGAGCGACAAGGGCUGGGUGUCCAUGGGUGUGAUUUUCGGAGUGGACGGCGGCCUUGCCAAGGAACUCACGGAUUCGGAGACCAAUGGCGCUGGACACGACAACCACGAUCAUGCUGGAAAGGACCACAAGCACGGCCACCAGAGCGAGGUCGAGGUUCUCUCGAUCGAGCUCAAGGGUGAUGCUGGUGCCGCCGUCUCCACUGAGAAACUCACCAAUUUCCUCCAGGCCGCGCCAAAGGACGAGAUCUACCGAAUCAAGUCAGUCUUGACCCUUUCCUCAACACCAAAGAACUCGGACCCGGAUGUUCCUCAGCCCGCGGCACACCCUCAGGGUCGCUAUAUCCUCAAUUGGGCCUUUGGGCGCUGGAAUUUCACGCCAGUGGGUGAAAAUACCUCAGAACAUGAUUCAAGCAACAGCAUCACCGUCCGGAUGACGAUAAUUUCAGGACGUUACGAGAGUAAUAAAUGGAAGAAGAAGAUCGAGGCCGGCGGCCUUGUAGAAUUAGACGGUGUCAAUAAAGGAGAACUUGUGGUCACCAGGAUAUUAUAA